CAACAUUUGCGGUUGGGGUGCUGAGCCAAGUCUCCCGAGUCUAUGCCAGUGUUCCAUUGCACGAAGGUUUCUGGAAAUCUCGUUUCUAUCCCCGCCGCGAGUUCGAAUCUGUCUUCGAGGUCACUCCCUAAUUCUCGAAAGUCGGGGUUCAAUGGAAAGCCAUCUACUUCUCCGUCAAGGAAUUGCGCUCUCGGCCAUCCGUAAUCAACCGAAAACGAAUAUGGCAGCUUGCCUCGUCUUUGUGGACUCUGAUGUCUCGUGCAGCAGAGGCCAACUGUGAUGGGCUUCAACCCGGCACUCUCCUCCAGGCUGAGCCACUAGGCGACGAUGCGAACUCGAUCACAGCGAGUCGGGCGCUAAUAUCGAAUGAGGAAGACUUCGAGUUUGGGAGGGCGCUCUACGAACGAGCUAUCGCCGUGCCUGACGGUGGAACCGCGCUGUACGUUUCGACAAUCUACAGUACAUAUUUGGACGGCGGUACAUUUCCGGGACCCGGGGUGCGACAAGACUGCAUAGGCUCUUCCACCCUUGGGUACAGACACCCUAGUAAUGAGGUUCAACUUGUCACUUGCAUGGAACCACCAAUUCGCAUAGCAGGCUUCUGUCUCGCCCAGGACCUGCGCGGAGUUCGGAGACUGUCUGUUAUCUGGGACGAUGGAGCCCUGUCUAAUUGGGUCGGAGACCAUGAAGGCAUUCCCCAGAGAAGACUUGUUCUGUCCCCUCAUGAGCGGGAUAUUGUCAAAUUCUUGAAAGGCGGGUUCGACGCCCUCAAGCUCGUUUCAUUAUCUGUAUCUGCUGUGCGUCAGAGUGGGACAGGAGCUGGCGUCUCUCUCACCGAUCGGGACAGGACCCUUUGGUUCCCGGCCGUUCCCCAAUCCCACCUGAAGUUCGUUGGUAUGCAACACUGGCAGGCUGAGGCCAACAAGGGAAGACUCGGAGCGACCCGUAACGGCGGCCAUGUUUGGGGGCUGCGAGGGCCAAUAUCUACAGCAUCUGUCUGACCUCGGUGUCCUAGUCAACUGGGCUAGAAUGAACAGGUUGUUGGGCAUCGAGCGUUGUUACUCGGACAGCCUCACCCCAGUCCGC